AUGAAAAAUACGACCAAUUGUGUUUCAUUGACAUGCAGCCAUGUUAUUUUCAUGUUUUUAAGUUGGAAAAUUAACUUGGGACUGAAAAAUCGUUCAAACUCCACGCUCGCAAAUACGGAAAACUUGGAACACAUUGUCGACAACAAUGUUGAUAACAAUGUUGACAACAAUGUUGACAACAAUAUUGACAACAAUGUUGACAACAAUGUUGACAACAAUGUUGACAACAAUGUUUACAUCAAUGUUGACAUCAAAUCUGGAAGCUUUGUUGAUGAAGAAAAUGUCUACGAGUUGACCAGCGUUGGAAAUACCGACGACGAUCACCUCUACCAUAAUGUUCGUCUUGGAAAUCAAAAAGUGAGGAAGGUUUCAAAGGUGACAAAAGGAUAG